AUGACAACAGUAGGAGGCUGCCGGUAUAGGCAAGCAAUUCCACUAGAAGGUGGCGGACGGUUAGAUAAGGACACAAACUUUGGAAUCAGAAGGGGUUUCCUUCCACAGGGUUACAGAAGAUAUACACCACUUCAGCAACCUACAACACAACAAGUAAUGAUAGACACAAUAUCUGCUGGCCCUACAACUGUCAUCCUCAUAGGAUCACAUACAAACUUUGCCAUUUUUAUCAUGACUCAUCCACAACUGAAAAGAAACGUGGAGCACAUAUACAUUAUGGGUGGUGGGGUGAGAUCAAAGAACCCUACAGGUUGCUGUCCAAAAAAUGUUACCACCUCUUGGACACCACAACAAUGUGGUGACCAUGGUAACCUAUUCACAAAUUACUCUACCAACCCAAAUGCAGAAUUCAACAUAUUUGAAGAUCCUUUCUCUUCAUAUCAGGUGUUUCAUUCUGGGAUUCCAAUCACACUUGUUCCUCUUGAUGCAACUAAUACAAUUCCAAUCAACGAAGAAUUCUUCUAUGAAUUCCAACAACAUCAGAGUACUUACGAGGCACAGUACUGUUUCAAAGCUUUAAAGAUGGCUCGAGACACAUGGUUCAAUGAUCAAUUCUAUACAAGCUAUUUUAUGUGGGACUCCUUUACUUCUGGUGUUGCCAUCUCCAGCAUGCGCAAUGAGAAGAACGGUGAAUUUGGAAAUGAUUUUGCUGAGCUUGAAUAUAUGAACGUUACAGUUAUAACUUCGAACAAACCAUAUGGUGUGCAUGAUGGCUCAAACCCAUUAUUUGAUGGCCGCACCACUGCCAAGUUUGGUCUUCAAAAAGGCGGAGUUCAUAGCGGUCAUGUUCAAACUGGAAUUACGGAUAGCUUUUGUCACACCAAGGGAAGUAAUAAAGGAAGAUGUGAGGAUGGAUACACUAAGGCAGUCUCCAGUCCAGAAGCAGCCCACAUUCGUGUUGCUACGAAGGCUAAACACAACAUGGAUAAGUACAGCCCUCUGGACAGGGAGUUUUUCAAAAGCUUCCUAGAGGCAUUAAAUCGUCGUGAGAACUCUGGCCAUUUCAACCUUAAGGCACAAUUUCCAUUUAAUAGAGAGGUCCUUUACAAGCCAGACAUCAAAAACAAAAAAAUUGGACGACCUGUUAUUCUUGACAUGGACAUGAGUCCUGGAGAUAUUGUCUCCCUUAUAUACCUCUUGAAGGCACCUAUUGAAGUGAUAAAUUUGAAGGGGAUUUUGGUGAGCGGCAAUGGCUGGGCUCAUGUUGCAAGCAUUGAUAUCAUUUAUGACAUUUUACAUAUGAUGGGUCGCGCUGACAUUCCUGUUGGUCGUGGUAAUACCACUGCAUUAGGCACUCCAACUCUUGGUUGUACCUACGCCAGUAUUAUUCCCCAAGGCAGUGGUGGAUUUAUUGACUCGGACACUCUUUAUGGACUAGCUCGAUCGUUGCCAAGAAGCCCUAGAAGGUAUACUGCUGAAAAUUCAGUAGAACAUGGUGCUCCUAGAAACUCUGACCAUCCAGAACUUCGUCAGCCAUUAGCUUUUGAAGUUUGGCAGUCUAUUAAAAAGCAGCUUGAUCCAAAUGAGAAGAUCACUAUUCUUACCAAUGGACCUCUUACAAAUUUGGCCAAUAUCGUGCUCUCUGAUAGGAAUGCAAGUUCUGUAAUAGAGGAGGUUUAUUUGGUUGGUGGUCAUAUCAGAGAUGAAAAUGAUUCGAAGGGAAAUGUGUUUACUAUUCCAUCAAACAGAUAUGCAGAGUUUAAUAUGUUACUUGAUCCCCUAGCUGCAAAAACAGUCCUGGAAUCAUCUCUGGAUAUCACACUGAUUCCUCUUGUCUCUCAAAGAAAAGCUGCUUCCUUUCAGUUUAUCCUUCAUGCCCUAAACCAUGUUGAUCACACUCCAGAAUCAGGUUUUGUGCGCCGCUUGAUGCUCUUGCUAUACGACCUUCAGCAGAAGCAUCGGCUUUACAACCAUGUGGAUAUGUUUCUGGGAGAAGUUCUUGGUGCUGUUUACCUCGUUGAAGGAUUGAAUAUAAAACCAUCAUUGCAACCGAAGUCACUAAGCAUUGUUGCCAACAGCACAAUAAGCACUGACGGGCAGAUUGUGAUCAACAAGGAGAGUACAAAUUCUGUAAAGGUACUGGGCGAUUUCAGUAGUGAAGAAUACUACAAACGAGUCGCCAAUUCUUUAGGCAACAUGAAGCAAAAACUACCGUCAUGACUAGUUUUGAAGAACAAGACCAUAAUCUGGAGCAGGCCACCUGUGAAAUUGGAGGCAUGAACAUAAACGAUGAAUUGUAUGUAGUAAUGCUGCUUAAGCAAAAGCACAACCGUCCUGUUUUCUUUCGGUAGCAGAUCUCUGGCCUAUCAAAAGAUAGCAUACUUUUCGUCCUUAGACUGGUAGGAAAAUCCACACUUCCUCAGAGUUUGAGCAUGUCUGUACAUACA